AUGCAAUGUAACGUUAAACCCAAACAAAGACGCGUGUCUCUGAAAUACUUCCACCGGGAGGAUAGUAAUGUUAAGAAGGAGGAGAAAGAGAGCAGUGAAGACGGGGAUAAAGACAAAGGGAAUGUUAACUCUGGUGGACAAUUCUUCCCCAGCCACAUACGACAGCAUACUACUCACUUUGGCCGAGACAGAUUGAAGAUGUCCAUGUUAACACUAAAGAGACAGAACAAGUCGGUUGGGAUCGGUGCCCGCUCCCUGACGUUAGACAGUCUUAAGUUACCGUCACUCUGCACGGCCUCCAGCGUCAUCACUACCUCAACGAACGCAUCCGGUCCAGCGGCGCCCAGGUCUGAUGUGGUCGCCAACACUAAAAAGACUGUCGGAAUCCAGGUGACGAUUCAUUUUACGAGAUGGAAAUACGGUGAAACCCAGGUGAAAGAUAAAGAAAAGGAUCUAAGUAGCUCUUUAUCGAGAUCAUUACCGAAUAUAGCUACAGCUGUCCAGAAUGACACCAAGAAUUCCUCCAAACACAGAUUUGAGAGAAUCUCUUACAGCAAGAAGCUACAGACACGGAGCGUGGAGAAGAAAGAGAAGGAAGAGGAACCGACCGUACAGCCUCAACAGGAGAUGCAGGAGCUGGAGAAAUCUGAUUCCUGACAACUGUGUGUUCCCAGAAUCACUAGAACUUAGUAAAUCACUGGGAGUGAGCCUCUAACACUAGCCAAAUUUGAAGACAAGAUGUCUAUAUAGUGGCUUGUCACAAACAUUUCCUUGGUGCUAUAAACAAAGACU